ACAACACCUUCUUCUUCUUCUUUCCGUCUCUUAUUUUUGUCUUCCAUUUAAUUCAAUCAUAAUACAUUUUGCAUAAAAUGGAUGUCGCGAUUAUCGAUUGGAAAGAUUCGAAGUUUGAAAAGGAUGUACUUUAUGAAGACAUAAACGCUCCUCAAUGGAUUGAUUUCUCCAAUCCACCCGGCGUUGUUGACGAUGAAGCUUGGUUUUGUCGUCCUGAUUGUAAUCAUCCAAAGACAGUAGAAGAUUUCUUUACACAAAGGACUCCUGAUUCUGCCAAGCUUCAGAGAUCAGCUAGUGUUUCUGCAGUCUCUCGAUUGAGUGAACGAAAUUCCAGAGAUGCAGCAUUGAAGAAAAGAGGUUUCCCACCAACCAAAAACUCAAAAAGUACGAAAAAUGUGUAUGAUAGUGAGAAUCACAACCCGAAUUACUCAACCCCACCUAUAAACAAAGCAAAAUCAUUGAAAGAAAUGAUCAAGUCAAGUUCGGACAAGAACCAAGUAGAGAGUGUUUUGUUACAGAAGGAAGAACCGCCACGGCUUCUUAAAAGCACAUUGUCGGCGCGCAAUCUGUUUGGAGGAAAAGAUAUUUUCAGUCAGGUAAGUGAGUUUUGCAACGAGUUGAAACGAUUGGCUAUAAGAACAAAGGAUAGUGGGGAGAAAGAGACUCCAAAGAAGAAUCAGGUGGCAGCAAAGAAACAGGAGAUGGGAAUGUUGCAGGAAUCUAAGAGUGAGCGGACGCCAUUGUUAGAAGUAAAGAAAGAGAAAUAUGAUGAGAUUCUAAAGCAAAGCAAUGCCAAGGAAAAACUUACAAAGAAAAAGUUGAAUUGUGAGUCAGAGAACACGCCGACUGCAUUAAAUAUGAAAAACAUAAGGGGCAAAGAAGAGGAUCGCCUGUUGCAAAUCCGAACUAAUCCUCCAUCACCUCAAUGCUUUUCAGCUACCAAAACAACCCCAUCUAAGGCUUCCCGUCUUAGGCCUCAGGAGAGAGGGAUACUUCAAGAAAUUGAAGGAAUACAUAUCAGCAAAGAUGUGAAGAAGGAGGUCAAAGGCAAUAAUACUACAAAUCAAACUGCUUCCCUUUCGCCGCAGAAUGAAGCUUCAAAAGGGUUGGAUGUGUUCUGGAUUUUUAAGCCCUGCACUCUUUCUAGCUAAAUUAACUUUUUAUAUGAAGAUAAUUAUUUGUUACUGAUUUCUUCUCUUUUGUUUCUAUUUAUUCAUUCUUUUUACUGAAAACAAAUCUUUGUAAUCUGAGAGCUACUAUUUGUUAGAGUACCUUCUAUAGACCCCGAAAUGGGUGAAUAAAAAUAAUGUCUAUUUUACA